UUCAGUUCUCCUUCUUCUUCCUGUCAUUAACGUGCGCCGCGAAAGACGCAAAUAAUUUAUUUUUUUAACCAAUUUACAGUAAAAGGAAAAUUGAAAUUUGCAGUUAUGUUGUUUAAACUGAAGGCUAGUGGUGCCUUGGAAAAAGGAUCUGUUUUAGCCGUGCGCAGCUUAGUCAGGAGAAUGUGGCCCAGUCUGUCUAUAUGCUCUAUCAUUGUUGUCGUUCAAAGUUUAGCAAGCUUUGCUGAUGUCUGUCAUGAAAAUCAUUUAUUUAUAUUUGAUCGAUUAAACAAUUAUAUUAUAUGUAGUGAGGAUUUGUCUACCUUUAGGGUGUCCUGCGUGUCUAUCUGUAGUUAACCCUGAACUGUAAUGUUCGUGAGUAAGGAGGAGACGCUUUUUGCCUUUCUUUCAAAAGUUUGAAAUUAAAUCCCGACAUUUCGUCACGAACAACAAGCCUUGCUCAAACAUCAUAGAAUCAUCAUAGACUAACGCAACAGUGUUGCUUUACAGUCAGGUUCGUAUUUCAUGCGUGGGUCAGUCAAGAUGGUGGAUAGUGGGCAGGUUUCGGCAAGUCAAAAGAGACAUCAACUUCGACUCGGGAAAAUCAUGGUAAUCCUACCCUAGAGAAUUUUCGGAAUGUUGGAACGCAGCCUCGUAGUUUCAAGAUUGUAAGGAUUAUGAGUCGAUUGAAUGUCAACUGGCCGCGGCAGCAAGCGACAAAUAUUAAGCUGGUAGAACGUUUUGCGAGGAGUGUUCUUGUAUCCUCAAGCUUGUUUCUCCUCCUUGUGUUGGUUCUGGUGACUCUACCAAAGAUUGAGAGUGCACAAUACGAAAUGGAAUUCUGCAAUGUCACGGCAACAAAAUUAAUCACAGAUCCCGACAAACGACUUCAGUGCCAUUGCCCUGGACGAAAUAGCUACACAAAAUGCAUAAUUUAUUAUCCUUGUCUACAGAUUUAUGUUUCAUACAACAACGCAUCCUUACGUGAGGCUCUAGUUGUGAAAGAUCGACGACGAAUCACCGAUGAAUGUUCGUACAAACUCAGAGACUACGACUGCGGAACCACGGAUGACGUUUACAGACAUGUCAAAAGCUUUAGCGAAAGAUGGGGCUCGAGAAACUCGUCUUACGAAUGUUAUCACAAUUCAAGGAAUCCCGCUCGAGUGAUUUUAACAAACACGGCACCGAGUACAAUCUUGGCAGCAACGUUGACCUUACUCCCCUCUAUCGGAGUAGUCGUUGGUUUGUCGAUGAAAUGUUUCAAAGAACAAAUAAGUUUAGUAAUGCUACGAAAAUUAAGACUGGGAGUGAAUGAAGAUUUUGUUUCUGUAGCUACUGCUAGCGAUGAUGAAGGCUCAGGAUAGUAAAACUGCGUGAUGCAAUGUUAGACAUUCAGUCAAACAUUUAGAACGGAUUUUGUAAAUACAGAAGAAUGAUCUGUAUCGAUGUAAUGGUUUUGUAUAUAUACUGCAUAUAGAAAACGGAAAGAAUAAAUGUUCUAUUAUUAUUCCUGCA